AUGUCAUGGUUUUAAAAUAAGCCCAAUAGUAGGCUAAACAGUAAACACUAUUAGGUCUUUUUGAAUUUUGUAGCGCAAUUUAAUUGAUAGCUUUUGGCGGUGAAAUGCAAAAUGGGAAAAUGAAGCCGGAAAAUCUCUCCCGUCGAUCGGCGACGAGUCGCAAACUAACCACCGGCUGUGAAAUCCUCGACGGAUGUAUUCGCGGCGGAAUUUCCUGCGAUUCUUUAACUGAAAUCGUGGCGGAGAGUGGCUGUGGGAAGACACAGCUCUGUCUUCAGCUAUCACUCUGUGCCCAGCUUCCGAUUUCACACGGCGGACUCAACGGUUCUUCUCUUUAUCUCCACUCCGAGUUUCCAUUUCCGUUUCGACGUCUUCAUCAGCUCUCGCAUUCGUUUCAUCAAUCAAACCCUAGUAUUUACGCGAAUCACAAUGAUAAUCCUUGUGACCAUGUGUUCGUACAAAAUGUUCAUUCUGUAGACCACCUGUUCGACAUAAUGCCUAGGAUUGAUGGGUUUGUUGGGAAUUCGAAAAAUCGGCUUCCUUUGAAGUUGAUUGUGCUUGAUUCUGUAGCGGCAUUGUUUAGAUCGGAAUUUGAUAAUACUCCGUCUGAUCUUAAGAAGAGAUCUUCUUUGUUUUUCAAGAUAUCAGGGAAAUUGAAGCAGUUGGCAAAUAAGUUUGAUUUGGCUGUUGUGAUUACGAAUCAGGUUACGGAUUUCGUUGAAUCUUCUGAUGGGUUAAGUGGGUUGAGGAUUGGGAAUUUGAGGUAUUUGUAUUCGUCUGGGAGACGAGUUGUUCCUGCUUUAGGCUUGGCUUGGGCCAAUUGCGUGAAUUCUAGAUUUUUUAUUUCACGAAGUGAUGAUAUUAUUGGUAAAGAUAGAAGCGCAAAGGACGAGAGCGGUUCAAGUUCUGUGUCCAGAAGAGCUCAGAGACGGCUUGACAUUGUUUUUUCACCUUAUUUGCCUGGGAAUUCUUGCGAGUUCAUGAUCACAAGAGAAGGGAUUUGUGCGGUUCAAGCGUAGGUGAUCUCUGGUGCUAUGUAGGAUAAUUUUUGUUCGAAGCAUCACGAGUGUUUUUUGGAGCUUUUGUGCAUUAUUUAUGUAGAUUGCAGAGGGAUCCGGGAGAUGGGUUGCAGCAAAGCCAGUGGCAGAGGAAUCAAUUGCAGUUCGAGAGGAUUAAAUCACCAUCUGAUCUGUACAAGAAUUAGAGAUUCCGGGCAAGCCUGAAGCUAAAAACAACCAUUGAAUCAUCUCAGGAACACGACGGAGCUCUACAAGAAGAAUGGUUUCUGGCCGUUGUUGGUCUUUGGAUUAACAAAAACUCUGUAUACGAAUCUUCACUUUUGUUUAUUUUGUACCAAAUGUAUAAGUUUCAAUAUUUCACUAUGAGCAAUAAUAAUAAUUCUUCUCUCUA